AUGGCAGACGCUGCACCAGCGCCCUCGAGAGAAUGGCACCUCGAACCUGAAACUGAGUAUCGGUUCGAGCUAGACCCGCAAACGUCUCUGGCAAUCAAGCUUGUCCGAGGAAGAGCUGAAAUAUUUGGGGCGGAACUGGUCGAGGGGAAGACAUAUCUGUUCGCCAUGGAGUGUAAAGCAGCCGUAUUCACCUGGAACGGAUGUCAACCAUCAACGGAAUACAUCUCAGAGGAAACGCCAAUGGCAGCCUAUGCCAAUGUCCACACUGCUCUGGAGCAGAUGCGCGUUCGAGCACUGAGCAAGACGAGAGGCUCUCCGUUACCCCCUGGGGAAGAGGUUGACCCCAAGCUCUGCGAGGCACCUCGGGUCCUGGUUUUGGGUCCUGAAAACUCGGGAAAGACCACUGUCUGCAAAAUCCUCAUAAACUACGCAGUACGAGCGGGCCAAGAAUGGUCACCUAUGCUCGCGAAUGUUGAUCCCAGCGAGGGUGCUUGGGUUAUUCCAGGAACUCUUUCAGUGGCUUCCGUUUCUGGCCCGCUUCCGACUUACUCUCCAGCCAGCCCUCUAGGGACCGCGUCCACGACAGCUCCGGUUGGCCUGACCUCUCAUGCCUUGGCCCCCCUCGUUUCGUGGUACGGACAUACCGAUACAAGAAAGAACCCCCUUCUCUUGGACAGACUCAUUCGUAAUCUCGGGGAGAACGUAAAUGAUAGAUUCGACCUGAAGCCAGAAGGCAAAGCAUCUGGAUUGAUAGUGGACACACCAUCUUCGUUCGGGUCCAGCUCAUCUCCCACUGAUCACCGUCAGAAGUUGAUAAAGGCUUGCGUGGAUGCGUUCAGAAUAAAUGUCAUUCUAGUCGUAGGCCACGAAAAGUUGAACGUCGAAAUGCAACGUGCGUAUGGUUCGUACGUCACAGUAGUGAAGAUACCGAAAUCAGGAGGCGUUGUUGAGUUGGACUCUAGCUAUCGAGAGAGAGUUCAGCGAUACCAAUUGCAAACCUACAUGUAUGGCCAUCCGGUGCAACCCCCUGUUGGUGUCACAGGGGGCACCCUCGGAGGAGAAACACCUUCGCAUCUCGUCCUAUCGCCGUCUUCGACUGUGAUGAAGUUCGGCGACUUGUCGAUAUACAGAAUCGGUACAGAGAAUAUGGCGCCUUCCUCCGCACUUCCUAUCAACGCCAUGCGUCAAGUCUCGGAAAUGCAACCUGUUCCCGUGAACCCUGCGUCACCUGGCUCUGGACUUCACGGAGCUGUACUUGCACUCUUGGCUCCCUUCAAUCCCGACGAGAAUGAGCGGUAUGACGAAGAAAUCCUGGACUUGUCCGUAAUUGGAUUCGUUUAUGUGAUGCAGGUGGAUGUAAAGCAAAAGAAGAUGACAAUUUUGUCUCCCAACCAAGGUUCGGUAGCUGGCAAGACUGCCUUGGCUGGUUCUCUAGAGUACCAGGAUCAGUAG